AUGAGUUCAUCCCAAACACCAUCAUCACAACAAGGAGGUGACUCAUCCAAUCCACCUUCAAGUAGCAGCAGCAGUGGUAUCAAUCAAUACAACACUUCUCAAGCUACAGGAGGUUCCUCGUCAUCUUAUUAUGGUCGGGGUAGUGGUAGUAGCGGUGGUGGUGGAAAUACUUCAGCCUCUUCUCAUCAUUCAUAUAAUAAUAAUUAUAAUUAUUAUUCUAGGUCUUCCGGUGGUAGUAGUAGUGGAGGUUAUAAUUAUAAUCGCUCUGGAAAUUAUUACAAUAAUAGUGGACAUUAUUCACAAAGUCAACAACCUUCUUCGACAUCAUCAUCGUCAUCGACGAGUGGUAAUACCAACCCAAAUUCUGCAAAUCCACAACCACCUCCACCUACAAGUGGUAGUGAUAAUUCUACAAUGUCUACAUCGGCAACAAAUGUGACUGCCGCAACAGGAGCCUCUUCAUCAUCUAUGA